UCCUAUUGUGGCUGCGGCGCGCCGGCAGCAGAGGCACGGGGCGACGGCGGGCGCUGUCUGGGAAGGACCCUGCGCACUCCUCCCCCUGGGGCCGAGCGAAAGGGGCGUCGCCGCCGCUGCCGCCAUGGCCGGUUGUUGUCAGUCCCUGGCAGCGGGUUAUGGCGACGGCGGUGAAUGAAUUCUCCGGGCGGCCGAGGGAAGAAGAAGGGCUCAGCCGGCUCCAGCUCCGCGCCUCCGGCCGCCGGGCCCUCGCCCUCCUCGCCGCCCGGGCCGGCCCCCCCCGUGCCGCCGGCGGGGGCGGCGGCGGCAGCGGCGUCCCCCCACAAGCGGAACCUGUACUACUUCUCGUACCCGCUCUUCGCCGCUUUCGCCCUGCUCCGCUUCGUCGCCUUCCAGCUCGGGCUGCUCUUCGCCUGGCUCUGCGAACGCCUCUCCUGCGGCGCCCUCAUGGCCGCCAAGGGCAGCAGGGCCGGGGCCAGCGACGCGCCUGAGCCCGGCGGGGCGCCCGAGACGGUGCGGGCCUGCCACAAGCGGGCCUUCGAGUGCAUCUCCAUGGCGCUGCGCAUCGACGAGGACGAGAGAGCAGGACAAAAGGAACAAGCUGUUGAAUGGUAUAAGAAAGGAAUUGAAGAACUGGAAAAAGGAAUAGCUGUCUUAGUAAUUGGUCAAGGUGAUCAGUGUGAACGGGCUCGACGUCUGCAGUCUAAAAUGAUGACAAAUUUGGCAAUGGCCAAGGAUCGCUUGCAGCUCUUAGAGAAGCUGCAGGCAGUUUUGCAAAUUUCCAAGCCGCAAAUGGAGGUCUAUAAUGACAGUACUAACCUGGCAUGCCGCAAUGGACAUCUCCAGUCAGAAAGUGGAGCGGUUCCAAAAAAGAAGGAUCCCUUAACACACACAAGUAAUUCCCUUCCUCGUUCAAAAACUGUUGCAAAAACUGGAUCCACAGGCCUUGCAGGUCACCAUAGAACACCUAGCUACAGUGGCAUAUCAUCAUCUUCUGUCUCUAGACCAGCACCUAAUCCUUCAGCUUCAGCUCACAAGGUUGCCCCUAAAAACAGUAGAACAAAUAAGCCUUCUACUCCUACCACUGCUCCUCGAAAAAAGAAAGACUUGAAGAUAUUUAGAAAUGUGGACAGUAAUCUUGCUAAUCUUAUCCUGAAUGAAAUUGUUGAUAGUGGGCCAGCUGUCAAAUUUGAUGAUAUUGCAGGGCAGGAACUGGCUAAACAAGCUUUGCAAGAGAUCGUUAUCCUUCCUUCUCUUAGACCUGAGUUAUUUACAGGACUGAGAGCCCCUGCACGUGGUUUAUUGCUGUUUGGCCCACCAGGAAAUGGGAAGACAAUGUUGGCCAAAGCAGUUGCUGCAGAAUCAAAUGCUACUUUCUUUAAUAUAAGUGCAGCAAGCCUAACUUCAAAAUACGUGGGUGAAGGGGAGAAACUGGUGCGUGCUCUAUUUGCAGUAGCCAGAGAACUUCAACCCUCUAUAAUAUUUAUUGAUGAAGUUGAUAGCCUUUUGUGUGAAAGACGAGAAGGUGAACAUGAUGCUAGUAGGCGUCUAAAAACAGAAUUUCUAAUAGAAUUUGAUGGUGUGCAGUGUUCUGGAGAGGACAGAAUACUUGUGAUGGGAGCAACAAACAGGCCACAGGAGCUUGAUGAUGCUGUUCUCAGACGAUUCACCAAACGGGUGUAUGUGUCGUUACCAAAUGAGGAAACAAGAUUGAUUUUGCUAAAAAAUCUUCUAAGCAAGCAAGGAAGUCCACUGACCCAAAAAGAGUUGGCACAACUAGCUAGAAUGACAGAUGGAUACUCUGGAAGUGAUUUAACUGCAUUAGCAAAGGAUGCAGCGCUGGGCCCUAUUCGAGAACUAAAACCAGAACAGGUGAAGAACAUGUCUGCCAGCGAGAUGAGGAAUAUCAAGCUAUCAGAUUUCACUGAGUCUUUGAAGAAGAUAAAGCGCAGUUUGAGCCCUCGGACCCUGGAAGCAUAUAUUCGCUGGAACAAGGACUUUGGAGAUACCACAGUGUGAAACCCUACUUGAAGUGAAACAAAGUGCUGCCUAAGGAGCAAUUGCUACAGACUACUGGAAAGCAGCCAGAGUUUACAGGACUUUACAGAUCUUUAAGUAUCUGCAUUAAAACUUGAGAUUAAGAAAAAAUUAUACAAUGUGAAAUGUGUUCAUUAAAGCCUCCUUGCCAUUUAGUGAGGAUUUACACACUGUAAGUAAGAGCACAAUAGGAUGUGAGAUAAGGUUCCUAGCAAUCCAGUUACGGUUUGAACAAUAAUAUAUGUAUUUUGUUUCAGCUAGAAGGCGCUGAUGAUAUUGAUCAUUGGAAGACCUUUUCCGUAUGUUGUGUUUGUGUGUGUGUUUUUGUUUUUAAUUUUGCCAUGACAUCUAUGUCUGGCUUUCUUCCUUCUAACUACUAACUUACAAUUGGAGGUUUGUAAACUUUGGUUCAGUUUUUGACUUUUUUUAUCCUUAAUGUGCCAAAUAAAACGAUUUCCCUUUGCAGAAAGGAAGAAUAGCAUUGGGGAAUUACAAUUAUUAAAAUGUAAAAAGCAGCUGGUCUGUUAUUAUUUGUCUUUUUAUUUAGUUGAAAUGUGACUGUGUUGUUCACAGAACAGUUUUGAAGAAGACCUUUGAUAGCAGAACAGCAAAAAACCCCAACCCUAUAAAACCAAUUCAUACUCUCUCUUUUAAAAAAAUAAUUACUAGAUAAAAAGAAAGACUAAGAAAGACAUUCAUUUACUGGCAGUAUUUUCUCUUAAUGCAUUUUGUAACACUUCCAUUGGUAGAAUGUUAGCUUAUGCUUACGGUGUACAACUUGAAGCCCAGCUGAUGUUUGAGAGUAAGUAAUGCUAAUUGUCAAGUUUCAGAAAUGAUGUGUUUCUACUCUGUAUUUUGGUCUGUUUAUGAUAAUUGAAAGUAAAAUUUCCAUUGUGAUAAUUUUUUUAAUCUCCACAUGUAAGCAUUAAAAUAUGAGGCUACAUGUUUAAUACAUAGCACACAUUAAUGUUUUUAUAGCUUUCUUAUGUUUUGGUUUAUAUAUUAAAGUACAAAACACUCAACUGAUCUGCUUUUUUAAAAAGAAACUGCAUCUUUGUACAAAUACUUGUUUUUAUUAUAUAAAUGACAAGCUAUUAAACACACUUAAGUGAUAGCCUUUAAAUACUGUAAUAAAGGAAGACAUCUUUGCCUUUACUUCUAAAGGCCUGACAUCUUGUUUACAAAUUCUGUAUGGAUUAAACACGGAUGUUGGCAAGGCAGACCACCAGUUCCUUGUUAGAACAGGUCUGUGGGGUUUUGUUGGGUUUACUUUAUUAACUUUUUUUAAAGACAACUCUCCCAACUUAGUGAUACUACAAAAAUGCAUAUUGUUUAGAGUUGUUUUAACUAAACUGAGUUAUAAGCUUUGUUUGCUUUUGGUCUUAACAGAAAAUUUUGUCUUAAUUCUUCAUUUAACUUAUUUUUUAUUGUUAAGAGUAAGUCAAAUAUUUCUUUGACUACUCACCUGAAAGUUGACUAAAAAUAAUAUAAUAUAUAUAUAUGAAAACAAAUCCCUAGCUGAUAGAUGCAGUAUAAGCGUAGUAAUACCGAGAGAGGACUCUGCUCACUGCAUAGUAUUGAGUAGUAAAUAGCAGAAACUGUUGAACUUUUCAGGUGCACAGAUGCAAUGUUUGGGAUUCUCUUCUUUUGAACCAGAGGUGCUUUGGACUGAUCUUAAGAUUAAAAGCUGUUAAAAAAGAUGGUGUUCCACUAGUAUGCCUUUUGAAAUAGUCUAACCAAACCCAUUCUAGCCUUCUAAGUGUAUGACUCUCUCAAAUGUAUGUCUGAUGUAAAUGAAAUAUGUGACUCCUGUUCCCCUGACACACUUUUCCUGGAGAAGUGAGAAAUGCUAAAAGAUUUCAGUUUUAAAUCUUACAUCUUGCUUGCUUUGCAUUAGUUCUGUCUCCAGUAGACCAGCUCUGUUGUUGGAGAUUCCUGGCUGACUUGAUCCAUGUUUGUCAUAGAUUUCAUAGUGCUGCACAUGAAUAUUACUGCUUUAUUAGAAUCUGCCAAAUAGCUGAACAGCUGGGAAAGGCCCUUGGUGGUCUUCUACAUAAAGCUUGUAAACUUUCCUUGAGAUCCUUUGCAAAUGAGAAUUUUGAAAUUUGAACUCUUCUGGGUUUGAGUGUUCCUACGUAUUUAGCUUAUGCUAAAUUACCAAAUUCUGUUUUCCUCUACUUAAUUUUGAGGAAUAUACUGGUAUUUAUUUCAAAUACAUACCUGUCGGCAUGCAAUAGGUACCUGUAAUGUUGAGGUAGAGUUCCCAUCUGCUAAAAGACCACCAAUAUGCAUCACAAAGGGUCAUAAGUCAGAGCUGCUACUUCAAAAAGAAAAGGGACUAGCCCUGUCCCUUGUUUGUACAUCUAGUUCUGAUCAAGAGAAUCUGUGUGAUUGGUACCAUCCAUGGCUUUUUGAUUAUCUAUUCCACCCUGAUUAUUUUCUGCAUAAUGGAUGAACUGCAGCUCUAUAAAUUAGUGUUGGAACACAGUAAUAAUUUCGUUCCGUAACAUCAGUUUGCCCCACAGCUGCUGGCCCAUGACCAAGUGCUGUUUAGUUCAUAGAUCACCUUUAAAUGUCUGUCUUAUGCUGUCUUCUGAAUAGCGUCUUUUAAGAAUAAUUCUGUUCCCCCAAGACGUUAUCUCGCCUCUUCUGGUUUCUUGAUUUACAUGUAGUGACGAACUACCAGCUCAGUUAUUUUUACCUAGCUGUUGGAUUAACUGUGUAUAAAGGCAGAUCUGAAAAAAGAACCAACCCAAAAAUAUGCACCACCACCACCAUCCCCUCCCCAGAAAACCCUCAAUUACCUGUAUUUUAUAUUUUAUAUAAAACUUCGCAACUAUAUUUACCAUAAAAUACAGUAUCUUGAAUUAGGAUAGGAUAAGCGGGACAGCAGCUUGGAUGCUUUUAACCUUUGCAAAGAGUGGCAUUACAUCUGUUUUCUAGACUGCCUCUUUUUUUUUUUUUUUUUCUUUGUGAAUCUGCCCAUUAUUAAUGAGUGACCUGACCCACUUUCUUGCAAUGGUGGGGAAGCAGCUUGUCUGGCAGUCUGCUAGUGUGUUUUACUGACUUGAAGUGUAGCAGUUACUGGAGGGAGGGGAAAAAAAACACCCAAGCCUCCUGUUUUUUUAACAACCUUCUCUUUUUAUUAAGCAGGAAACGUACCAUCUUCUGACUUUUUGGGUGUUGGAAGAGCAUGCAGAAUGCUGCUUGGGUGGUGUUGCUGCUUUUGGUGGCAUAACAGGAAGGAAAAACUUAACUGAAGCACUGUGUGGUCCUCUUUCUCCUUAAAAUGAGAAUUUGUUGUGUGUUAUGAUGUUCCCCUUACCUAACAUUGACUUUUCUGUAGAGUGCACCAAACCUGUACAGGUUCCCCACUUGUGGCUCAGACAAGUAAACACUUUUCAGUGAACACUAAAAACAACACUGAAUAUUCAACAUAAGCCUUAAACUAGGAUAUUUAUGUACAUGUAAGUCUGUGUCCUGUUAGUUUCUUAGACUUUACACAGCUUAGGUUGUUAGAAACAAGGCAUUCUGCCCCUGAGAUGUCUUACUAACUACUUCAGAAAGUCAGUCACUAAAACAAUUUUGUUAAAUAUGGCCCUGCAACUUACUUUAUGUAGAUGAUAAAUGUGAUAGUAACACUUCAAAAUGGAGAAGAAUGGGAUCUCAAUAGAGGGAAGAAUUUGUUGUCGCUGCACUAAUUAGAGGCCAUUGCAGAUUUCACUGUUAGGAUGCUCUCAUAUGUUUUCAAAAUGACAGAUUUUAUACUUAGACAAUUAACCUUACCUUCUGGUGUAGAAUAAAUAGUUUUUCUAUUCUAAACAAGCAUUUUUUUAGCUCUUCUUGGCACUGCUGCCAAGUCCAUCUUGUGAAAUUUAAGUACUUGCACUGGGAAUGCUCGAGUGAGAUAUGCUAGCAAACUUAACUGGGAUGUCUGUUCUGCAACUGGUAUGGAAAGCAGCAUUCUUCUUGGGGCUUCCUUAACCACCCAUGUGAGAAUUUGGGCCCUAGAUUCUUACAGUGCUUUCCUACCCAAGAAAUGGAUAGUGCAUUGUUGCGCUUAAGAUGUGCUUAUCUGGCUACUCCAGUGCUUUAGUGAUGCUUGUGUGUGUGGCAGCUUUGGGAGGUGGCAAGUGCUAUGGUAGGUUGCAGAUUUUCAUUCAUUGUCUGUGGCAGUCUCAAGCUUCUGUGAUGGUUUUAGUUGUUGGGGACUUCUAUCAGAUAUCCAAAGUAGAAUGAAAAGCAUCAAGCAGGUAGUGAAUGCAACUAGUUAUCUCAGUCGUAGUGCUAAUUAGAGGCAGUUGCUGGUUUCAUUGUUGGGUUCUCUGAAGCUGCUAUUUAGUGUUGGAUGUUGUUUUACUCACCUCUGUGAAUUUUCAUGAUCUGUUGGUCAUCCCAAGAGAUGACCAAAGAAUCAGUUAUGUUCUUUUAGAGUUUUUUCUUGAAAUACUCUUUUCAGUAUUUUUUCUUUCAAAUAUCGUAACUACAAUUCCACAGGAUGAGGAAGUUAAACCGUUGCUUCCUGCAAAUACAAAAUCAUCUUCUGAAGUAUGGGGAAAUAUGCAUUGUGUUUUUCCUGCUUCUCAUGUAAAUCGUUAACUGUCUUAGAGUGGAAACUGUUUACUUGUCAAUAACUACCUCCUGAGUUCGGCAAUAAUCGGCAAGUUACACUCCAGUGGAUUAAAUAUAUUGGCUAAACACUGGGUUCUGCAGAGUUUGAUAUUUCGAUUUGCAAAUUCUUGACAUGAUGUCUGGAAACUACAGUGAUCAAUCUUGUUUUGCUGUAAGACUCUCCUCACCUUCAUAAGAUUCACCACUUAGUCCUGUUUCAGAGAAGUGGAUUUGAGGAAAAAAGUCAGCAUUCUUUGUAGCUGGUUAAUACAGGUGUAUUCUUCUAAGAGGCUAGGGGCGUAGCCUCCCAGUUCUGUGAGUUCUUUACCAUUAGGAGUGGGGAAGUAAGUACUUUAUCUAAUAGUCGCACACCUAUCAGAGGGACUGGAAAUACAGAAACUGGUUUUUGCCAUGAUUCUAAUUUUUAUUCAUGUGAAGGGCUAGCCAGUGUUUUUCAGAAAUCUGGAUUAAAGUGACAAAGACCAAAGGUGGAGACAAAAGAGUAAACCCCACCCCCAUUAAAUAUAUUGGACUCCAGUCUGGGAUGGGAUUAAUUCUUGUAUUUUGUUGUUUUGGAGCACUUUUGUUUCAUUGUUCUUUUAAUAUGUUUUCUGAAAUGUUAAACACCAUUUUAUUAAUAAGCAAUGUAAAAAAGCAUGAUGAGCAGUCACACAGCUUUAGCUUCACAAUAAAAUAUUUCAUUUGUCCCGUU